AUGAUGAAAACAAUUGCGGCCGACUUCGCCUUCUAUGGUGUCCAGCUAGUACUCUCCGUCUCAGCAAUCAUUAUCCUUACACGUCGGUACGUACAAUCGCGGCUCACCAAGGCGGCGAUAUUGGGGCUACUGCUCUCGUCAACAAUCUCUACCGUCGCCAAUAUCAGUUUCUACCUCGUCGAAUUUCCAAGCCACUUUGGGAGCUCAGACCGCGCUGUCGACGGGUUGCUUUUUCGGCUGGGCAUCGUCAUUACUGUGGCCCAAGACUUCAAUGUAGGGCAGUUUGUUCUAAGCGAUGCCAUUCUGGUGAGCGCUCGGGCCAUACAUCAAUCCCAUUCCCCUGACCUUGAUCGAGUUGGCAGCAUCGCAGAAUGUGCAUGGGAUUUCUGGCGAGGGCUUUCAUCCCUAGGCCAACUGGAGAGCAACAUCCAGUUCCUUCCUAGGUUCAUCCCCUUCCUGGCUACCAAUGUCAUUGCGACAUCGCUGAUUGGCAUAAAACUAUUUCAAUACCGCCGAGAGAUCAAGGGAUCGCUCAGUCUUUUUUCGCAACGAUCACAAGUGGAGACGGUACUCGUACUUCUCCUUGAGUCGGGUGUAGCGUACAUCCUCUUCUGGGUUGUUGGCUUCGUCGUACUGUCUGUCGCAGUCCACAGCCAAUUUUCGGACGCGCGCAUCUUCACUGGUGUCUACCACCACAUUGCCGGUAUCUAUCCGACUUGUGUCUUGUUCGUUGCCAUGAAUGAAACGACGGAAUCACUGCGAAGCGCUAACGUAUCGCAAGCACUGCGCUUUGCGGGUCCUUCAGAGGCGCGCGAAGGAGAUCGAUGUGGCGCAAAUUGUGCCAACGAAUACCAGCCACGAUAUAGCACCGACUGCUUCAGUAUUGGCCUGCAGGACAUGUACCCAGAUGGUCGUCCUGACGCGUCUGUUCGCAGCAAGGAGACUACGCGGGGGUCAAGCGAGGGCCCUGUCGCAUGCGGGACUGGGAGCGAGGCGAUGAAUUAUGACAGGAAAGGGGCGGCAGUUAGAUCCACGGAGGGGAGCUCUGGUAUAUGACACGGGUCCGCUUUACGAGCGAUACCUGCUCGAAGUCAAUGUUCAUUUUCUCCCCUUCGCAA